AUGACACCACAAAUUGAUUUUUCACUGACAAGUCUUCAGAGGGAAUGGGAUUUUGAGUUCUUCUACGGAACCAUUUCCUUCACAUUUCACUCAAAUGAACCUCCUGGCUUCCAGAACUUUCUUCAAGAUGUAAAGCCCUUUGAGAAACAAGAGAAUGGUUUUCUCAAGGUUUUCUGGGAGCAGGCAUUUGACUGUUUCUAUCCCAAUCCCCAGGAGCCAAUGGCCAUCAGUGAAACAUGUACUGGGGAGGAGAGGUUGGAGAGUCUUCCUAGUUCCCUUUUUGAAAUGGGCAUGACUGGUCACAGUUACAGCAUUUACAAUGCAGUCUAUGCCAUAGCACAUGCUGUUCAUGUGCUGUACUCAUCCCAAUUCAAUCACAGGGCAAUAGACAGUGGUGGAAUAAUGGAACUUUAUGAUGUCCAACCUUGGCAGACAUGGCCCCUUUCUCUGUGUAGCGAUUACUGCAAACCUGGCUAUCGUAAGAAAAAGAGGGAAGGGCAGCCAUUUUGCUGCUAUGAUUGUGUUCCAUGCCCAGGAGGGAAGAUUUCAAUCCAAACAAAUAUGGACAAUUGCAUCAAAUGCCACAGUGAUCAAUAUCCAAGCAAAAACAAAGACGGAUGCAUCGCCAAGACAUUAAGCUUCUUGUCUUUUGAAGAACCUUUAGGAAUUAGUUUGGCUUCCAUAGCUGUCUGUUUUUCCCUCAUCACAGCCACAGUGCUAGGAAUCUUCAUUAAGCACAAAGACACCCCCAUCGUCAAAGCCAACAACCGGGAGAUCACCUACAUACUUCUCAUUGCUCUCCUGCUCUGCUCACUUUCUUCUCUUCUAUUCCUUGGCCGACCAAUGAAGGUGACCUGCUUCCUCCGACAGCCUGCUUUCGGCAUCAUCUUCUCAGUGGCUGUUUCCUGUGUUUUGGCCAAAACCAUUACUGUGGUUGUAGCUUUCAUGGCCACCAAACCAGGGUCCAGCAUGAGGACAUUGGUGGGGAAAUGGCUGGCUAACUCCAUCAUCCUUUCCUGUUCCCUUGUUCAAGCCACCAUUUCUAUGGUAUGGCUGGCAACCUCACCACCUUUUCCUGAUUUUGACACAGAGUCUUUGACCCAAAGUAUCAUACUAGAAUGUAACGAGGGGUCUGUCACUAUGUUUUAUAUUGUCUUGGGCUACAUGGGGCUUUUAUCUCUCAUCAGCUUGACUGUGGCUUUUCUAGCCAGGAAGUUGCCGGACAGUUUUAAUGAAGCCAAGUUCAUCACUUUCAGCAUGCUGAUCUUUUGUAGUGUUUGGGUCUCUUUUGUUCCAGCCUAUCUGAGCAGCAAAGGGAAAUCCAUGGUCGCUGUGGAGAUCUUUUCUAUUUUGGUGUCUAGUGCUGGAUUACUAGGCUGUAUCUUUUCCCCCAAAUGCUACAUCAUUGUAUUGAGACCUGAGCUGAACAGUUUCAACCACAUUCAGAAUGUUCUUUAUUAA